GGCACCUGGAGAUUCUGGGCAAAACGAAUCAGAAAGAUCCAAUGCUGCAAUCGGUGAUGCAUUAAUGGAUGUAUCCUCCUUGAAAUGGCAAUAUUAUGGGCCUCUUGAUGGACUUACAUCGAAUGAAAUUAACAAUCUGACAAUCCCUGAGCUUGCAAGCAAAGAAGAAGAAUGCAUGGAACGCAAUGCUUGGAAAGUUGCCGAGGAGAUAACGCAGAUUAGUGAUGAUGAACUGGGACCGGCAGGAGAUUUUAUGAAGUGUUUUGUAACCCCGAAAAAGGAGAACCAGUUCUUUUUUAACACACGUCAUCUUAUACAAUACACCAAUACAACAUCUGAAGCAAAAAGAAAACAAGUUCAAUUCCGGGAAGUGCUUAUUUCAAAACAAUCUACAACUUUAUGGAAGUACACUGUGAAGUUGGUGAAAUGUACCUAGAAUAUCUGAAAGCAUCACGUGAAACAAAAACGGGUAAACUAUGUGAAUACUGCACCGUAAAUCAACGUUGCUGCCCUGACCCUAACUUUGUUCCAAGGCCAUAUCCUGAUGCAAACGCUGAUUUCCAUUACCUGCUUGCGAAAGAAAUUCCUACCAAUAGAAGUGUUGAUGAUUUCCACUUACGUGUACAGAUAAAAAGAUCAAUAGCAGAGGAUAAAUCGUUCUAUGACAACCCAGAUAAUGUUACCUCAUUUUCCAAUAGAUACGUUUUACCAGAAGAAUUAGUUCAGAGAUAUGUUGACCACUUGAAACUCCUAGAGCUCCGACGAGAAAAGAGAUCAAAAGAGAGAAAAAAGCAAGCUGAUUUGGAAUCGAAGAAGACCUAUAACGAUUACAACUGGACUGAGAUAUUUCUUAAUGGCAGCCUUAAAAAGCUAACAAACGCUGUAUUAGAUAAGUUUAUUGAUCACCAGAGUCUAAGAAAAUGCUCUAGCAAAAAGGAAAGAUUUGAAUGCCAUUACUAA